AUGGGGUUUUCCUCAAUCAGGAAAUAUGCACUUUCAAUGCUAAAUUUACUGUCUGGAGUAGCAUUCCCCACCAUGAUAUCAUUUCCUGCUUCCUCACAAGGAGAGGGGAUAAACAUUGAUUGCGGAGCAACCCAAGCAAGAUGGGACGAGUUCGGGGUUUAUAAUGAGGCAGAUGACGGAAAUGUUGUGGAAUCGGGUCAAGUUUAUAAUGUAAGUUCUCAAUACACUAACCCUUCAUCUCAUUUCAACACUCUAAGAAGUUUUCCAGAAGGGAAAAGGAAUUGCUAUACCCUCAAACCCAAACAAGGCAAAAACAACAACUAUCUCGUUAGAGCUUACUACAUGUAUGGAAAUUAUGACUACAAAAAUUCUGUUCCCUCCUUCGAGUUCCAUCUUGGCGUCAAUUUCUGGACAGAAUCGGGUAUAACAGGAGUCGGCAUCGUUGUGAGAGUGGAGGUCAUUCAUGUUUCUCCUACAAACAAUAUUGAUGUGUGUCUUGUUAACACUGGCCAUGGAACACCCUUCAUUUCCAUGCUCCAACUCUGGCCUCUCAAGACUUCUAUAUAUCGACCCACUACCAAUUUCUUGCCACUAGCCCUCAAGACACGCUAUACUCUGGGAGUGUUUCAACCAGAUAAUCCUUUCAUCAGAUACACGGAUGACGUCUACGGCAGGUCAUGGGAGUGCAAUAGAGUGAUCAAAAACUCAGAGCCAAUCAACACAUCAGUUGCUAUUGAUGGUGAUGUGUCAGACUAUAAAUUACCCAAAGAAGUGUUGGGCACUGCAAUUCGGUUGCGGAACGGGUCGUCCUCCUUAGUUAUCGACUUGGAGGGUUACAGUGCAGAUUACGAGUACUAUAUUUACCUUCAUUUCUUUGACUUCGAGGAGCAUUCUCAAAAUCAGCAAAGAAAGAUGGAAAUUACUUUCACCGAUACCAUCCGAGAGAACAUAACUCUUCAGCACCGGGUGCUCAAAACUGUGGUCAAGACAAUUCCUAAAGGGGUACCUCUUUAUAACAUUUCAAUCACAUCCACCCCAGAUUCUGGUUUGCCCCCCAUGAUCAAUGCUUUUGAGGUCUAUAGAGUACUGCCCCAACCGAAUUCACCAACUCGAGAAGGGGAUGUGGAUGCCAUGCGGAUUGUGAAACAUGCAUAUAACAUCACCAGAAAUUGGCAAGGAGAUCCCUGCGUGCCAACCAGUUAUAGUUGGGAAGGUCUGACUUGUAAUUACAUUUACAACAUCCCAUCGGUCACUUCACUGAACUUGAGCUCAAGCAAAUUGAGUGGAGAGAUAAUUACUUCAUUUUCCGACCUCACAUCGUUGGAGUCCCUGGAUUUGUCCAACAAUCAAUUGAUAGGAGAAAUACCUGAAGUUUUAGCAAAACUACCCAAGUUAAAACUACUUAAUUUGUCAGGGAACAAUCUAAGUGGUUCAAUUCCAAAGGCUCUUGGGGAGAAGAACGGCACUUCGUUGAUAUUGAGUUUGGAUGGAAAUCCAAGUCCUUGUCAAAUGGGUGCUUGCAAAACCAAAACAAAGCCGCCUAUCGUACCACUUAGUGCUUCUGUAGUAGCUUCUGUAGCAGUUCUCAUAUUAGUGAUCUACAUUUCUGUGAAGUUUUGCAAACAUAAAAGGGGAAAACAAAGUGAUAUGGAAGGCAUGCCAGUGAGGAUUUCUUCAUUUAGAAAAGACGGGAGUCUAAAAUCCAAAAAUCGUGCAUUUAGUCACUCGGAAGUUAUUAGCAUUACCAAUGACUUUGAAACCGUAAUUGGAGAAGGGGGAUUCGGAAAAGUGUACCUGGGAACACUACAAGAUGAUACACAAGUUGCAGUCAAGUUACUCUCAAAGUCAUCACAACAAGGGUACAAGGAAUUUCAGUCAGAGGCAGAACUUUUAAUGGUUGUUCAUCAUAGGAACUUGGUUUCUCUUGUUGGCUAUUGUGACGAUGGUGACACAAAAGCAUUACUUUAUGAAUACAUGAUUGAAGGAAAUCUCCGACAGAAAUUAUCAGAUAAGAAUCCAUGUGCUUUGAAAUGGAAAGAGAGACUUCAAAUAGCAUUGGAUGCAGCAUGUGGGUUGGACUAUCUACAUAAUGGUUGUAAGCCAGCAAUAAUCCAUAGAGACUUAAAAACUUCUAACAUCUUACUAAGUAUACCUAUGCAAGCCAAGAUUGCUGAUUUUGGAUUAUCCAAAGCUUUUGGCAAUGAUAUUGACACUCAUAUAUCAACUCGCCCAGCUGGCACAUAUGGCUAUUUAGACCCUGAGUUCCAUAGAUCUGGAAAUUUGAACAAGAAAAGCGAUGUUUACAGUUUUGGGAUAAUUCUGCUUGAGCUAAUGACUGGACAGCGAGCAAUAACUGAAACGUCUGAUGGGCCACGACACAUAUCUGAUUGGGUAAAUCCAAAGCUUGAGACUGGGGAUAUCCAAGCCAUUGUGGAUCCAAGAUUAGAAGGAAAAUUCCGUAGUGCUUCAGCAUGGAAGUUUCUAGAGAUAGCCAUGAGUUGCACUGCACCAGCAGCAAUCCAAAGACCUGAUAUAAGUUCUGUUGUAAUUGAUCUCAAGCAAUGUGUGGCUAUGGAAGCAUCACUGGAAACAAGUUAUUCUCUGUCUGGAUCAUACUCUCCUCCAUCUGCUAGGUAGGGUUGUUUGUAGCUGCAUGCAUGGUCUUUCUCUGAAUUGAUUAUCCAAUCGCGGCAGAGAGAUUUGUUUUGCUUAGUCAAACUGUUUGCUUGUUUGCUUUGUUCUAACGAACCCAUUUGAUCAUGUUUGGCCUCAGAGAUAGAGAAAUUUGCAAAUUACAUAAA